AUGGCAGUGGACAUUAAACUGAAUAAACCCCAAGACUUCACCAAACCCAACAGUGAAGACGUUGUCACUCUUACAGGGAGCAGAGCCUUGGCCUCAAACCCAGAAGUUGAUGUGAAUGAUGAGAAGCUUAUGAAUGGUAAGCAACAAACUGUGGAUGCUAGGCCGCCAGUGUAUGCAGACUCAGCGUUUGCUGGUAGUGCAGAUUUGGGAUCAUUCAGUUCUACAGAAGAAUCCAGUCCGAAGGAAGAAGGUCAAUCACACUUUGACAGUUGUGCAUCAACAUGUUCAAGGUGUGCUACUGCACAUGACCAUAUUGUUAAAAGAGCUAAAGAAGAUGAGGAGUAUCAAAGUGAUGAAAUCAACAAAAAUGAUACUGGGGAACUGGAAGAGCUGCAUGUAAGUGAUGAAGAAAGUCACAGUCUAGGGCCUGGCACUACUGAGAACAAUGACAAUGCUCUUGCUGAUAAGGACAUCAGAAAAUUUCAAGAACUGGGUCUCAACAGUACAGAAAUAACUCCAAAAGUGGAAAGUGAAUCAGGUGAAUCUGUAGAAAAUACUGUAACUGAAUCCCAUGAGGAUGAAGAGGAAAAAUUAAGAGAGCCAACACAAAAUGGGGUUCUGGAAACUGACCCUGAACCUGAAGGAGAAACUGAAAAAUACAGUGACAGAAGUCAGCCUGAAGAGGAUGCCAAUGGUGAGUCAGACCUUAAGGACACUUCUUUAAAGGAAACAGAUGAGGCAUCAAGUGAAGAGGAGGAAGACAAGGUCAAAGAUCUGGAAGAGGAAGCACUGGAUAGUCAGGCAGAAAACACUGAAACAGCAUAUUCUGAGCAGGAAGCUAAUAUUCAAAAGAGUGAAUCUGCAGAAGAGGACCAAAACAAUGAGGGAAUUGAGGAUAAAUUGGAUGAGCAUGGAACUGCUGAAGAAAAAGUGGUAGGUUCUGAAGGUGCUGAAGAUGAGGAGACUGAAGAGAUUGCAAAAAGUGACAAUGGCAAUGGAUCUGAAGAAGAUGGAGAUAAUACCAAAACAUUUGCAAAGGAAGUGCAAAUAAUGGAUCAAAAAACUGAAGGACUCAGUGAAGGAGUGAAGAUUGGCCUGGAUGAGAUUAUUGAGGCAGGCUUCAUUUCUGGUGAAGGAGCAGCCGUUUCCCUCCCAGAAUCUGAUGUGAAAGAAGAGGAAAAGGGUUCUGAAUCUGAAGGAAGAGUGCCCAAACGCAUCAGUGAGAACACAAGGCUGUCUUCUGAAGUGCAGGAGCAGGAGAAAGAUGAUGAAGGAGAUGAGGCAGAGGUGGAGGUAGAGGAGGAGCCUCAGUUGCAGCUACCUUACAGAGAUCGAUCUCACAUUGAUAAAACCCUUCGACUGAAUGAGAAGACAACAACUGAUGAUUACUCAGGAGUGCUGCAGCGGUUACGGAAGAUAUACCACAAUGCCAUCAAACCUCUGGAGCAAGCGUACAAAUACAAUGAACUGAGACAACAUGAAAUUACAGCCUAUCCAGGACGCUCCAUGACCUCAUUUCAAGAUGGAGAAAUUGUAUCAAAACCAAUGGUGUUGUUCUUGGGACCAUGGAGUGUUGGGAAAUCCACCAUGGUCAACUAUCUCCUAGGUUUGGAUGAGGCUGUCUACCAACUGUAUACAGGUGCAGAGCCAACUACAUCAGAAUUUACCGUACUCACACAUGGAAAUAAGAUACGGACUGUGGAAGGAAUCGUCAUGGCUGCUGACAGUGCUCGAUCAUUUUCUCCUCUAGAAAAAUUCGGACAGAACUUUCUAGAGAAACUGGUUGGCAUCGAGCUUCCACAUAAGCUGCUGGAACGAGUGACUAUUGUCGACACUCCUGGAAUCAUCGAAAACCGUAAACAGCAAGAGAGAGGUUAUCCUUUCAAUGACGUUUGCCAGUGGUUCAUUGACCGAGCAGACCUCAUAUUUGUUGUGUUUGAUCCUACAAAGCUGGACGUUGGAUUAGAAUUAGAAAUGCUCUUCCGUCAGUUGAAAGGUCGUGAAUCUCAAAUCAGAAUAAUUCUAAACAAGGCUGAUAAUGUAGCCACUCAAGAACUAAUGCGAGUCUAUGGAGCUCUCUUCUGGAGCUUGGCGCCAUUAAUCAAUGUCACUGAACCACCAAGAGUCUAUGUUAGCUCUUUUUGGCCCUAUGAGUACCAACCUGAUACAAAUCAAAACCUCUUUCUGAAAGAGGAGGUCUCCCUACUGGAGGAUCUUAAUCAAGUCAUUGAGAACAGACUGGAGAACAAAAUUGCCUUCAUCCGCCAGCAUGCCAUACGUGUGCGCAUUCAUGCCCUUCUUGUGGACCGAUACUUGCACACUUUUAAAGACAAAAUGACCUUCUUCAGUGAUCCUGAGUUGGUUUUCAAUGAAAUACUGGAUGAACCAGACAAAUUUUACAUCUUUAAAUCCAUCCUGGCUAAAACGAAUGUCAGCAAGUUUGACCUGCCCAAUCCUAACAUCUAUAAAGAUUUCUUUGGCAUUAAUUCCAUCAAUAAUUUCAAAUUGCUGUCUGCACAUUGCUCGUACAUGGGAGGAUGUCUGCUGGAGAAAAUCGAGCGCAUCAUCACCCAUGAGCUUCCUGCUUUGCUGGGAGCUAUCUCUGCUGGGAAAAACCCAUCUCUUUCAUCCUGUGAUGUCACAGGAUGUAGAGAAACGCCAAAGAACCGAUACAGAAAGCCCUGA